AUGCAUCACGGCGGAGGCAACAGCUUCAACGAGGCCGUCGCCUUCGGCAAGCCUCAACUGAUCGUCAGUAUGUGGGGCGAGACGCACGACAUCAUGGCGUACGCUGUGCACCAUGGUAUUGCCAUGGGAUCCAAAUUUGCGCCCAGACUCGUCGCUAGCGAUCUACAAGCCUCUAUGACCAAAUUGCUGGAGGAAAACAUCGAGUUCGCUGACAGAGCUCUACGCUGGAGGCUUCGCUCGGAGCAGUCUGGAGGUACACCGAUCGCCGCGGACAUCAUCGAAGCUUACGGCAGUAAAGAAAGGCGGAUCCAAGGCACGCAGGACGGGGACAGCACAGACAUUGAAGCAGUCAAUGCUUUGACGAUCGACAGCAACGAGAAGGGCUUGUUCACUCCCGCCCUCGACAAGGAGCCUCACUCAUCUUCAGCGUCGUCAGUCGGCAGCCCCACGAUUGCCGAGCAGACGGUCACAUUCCCCUCUCCCACCGCUUUCCCUCCACGACCGCAGCUCCUGAUCCAGACCCCGGCCGCUGCGCCGGUGGUAGCAGCGACCGCCUGA